AAAAUGAAAGAAAGAAGAAACCUCUGAUUCUGCUAGAACUAUAAUCGCCGCUGAAGAAAAACAGUGAUCGGUGUCGAUUGGAAUCUUCAUGUACGUCGUCGUUUUAGCCCCAAACCUUCACCUCCUCCUCUGAAGCUAUGGCGGGGAAGAACAAGAACGAAGCUAGCAGCAGCAGCAACACGCCGAAGGAGAGUGUCGUUGUCGAUUGGGGAAGGCGUCGAAGCUCUUGCGGCUAUUGCAGAUCCUCCCGUCACAACAGCAUCUCUCAUGGCAUGUGGGCACAUAGUGUUACAGUGGAUGACUAUCAAGCACUUCUUGAUAGGGGAUGGAGAAGAUCUGGAUGUUAUAUUUAUAAACCGGAGAUGGAAAGGACAUGUUGCCCAUCUUAUACAAUUCGCUUGAAAGCAAGUGAUUUUAUUCCUUCUAAGGAGCAACUUCGUGUGUCUAGACGAAUGCAAAGGUUUUUAGAUGGAACAUUGGAUGUUAAAAGAGCUGAUCUCAUGGAGGACUCUAGUACUUCAAAGAAGUCAGAAAGCUCUGUCCAUCAUAACUUCUCAAGACCCAUGUCAGAAGAAUCUCCUGGCAACCAAAAGGUCAAUGAGGUUGAAAAAUCAUUGGAGCAUUUAUCAGAUCAAAUUGAUAAUGUAGUACACAUGUUCAAUGAAAAAGGGGAAUUUCCCUCUGGUACUAAUUUGCCAAAAGCUUCAGUCAGAAAGGUUUCACAGGGUAAAAAAAAGUUACUGGUCAAUGGAUCAGAAGAUCUCUUAUAUAGUAGCAAUAUAGCCUUUCAAUUAGCAGCAUCCAUAAACAGAGCACGAGCAAGUGACAAGGAUGGAAAUGAUUCCAAGCCAUCCAGAGAUCGUGAAAAGGACAAUGCAUCGUCUCAUAAAGUUAUUGCAGAAAAGCUGGUAGCAUCUUUAAUUCCAUUCUUAGAAGAUUCUGGUCUGUCUAUCAGGGCUUGCAAUGGACAUGUCAAUUUUUAUGCUUCAAGUAAAAACGUUUCCCUGAAUGGAAGUGUCCAAAAUGCUGCAGUUCCUAUGAAGUCUGGAAUGAAGCGUGAUAUUGGAGGAAAUUGUUUGGUUAGUCCUGAAAAUUGUCAGGUAAAACGGCGAAAGUUUGAGAUACGUUUGAACAGGUCUAGUUUUGAUCCAAAAGAAUUUGCUUUGUAUGUAAGAUAUCAGCGACAAGUACAUAAUGAUAAACCACAAAAUCUCACAGAGACCUCGUAUCGGAGGUUUCUGGUUGAUACUCCAUUAUUGUAUACUCCUCCUACUGGCGAUAGCACAACGCCUCCUUGUGGCUUUGGCUCUUUCCAUCAACAGUAUCUAAUAGACGGUCAGUUAGUGGCCGUUGGUGUUAUAGAUAUCCUUCCCAACUGUUUGUCCAGUAAAUAUUUGUUUUGGGAUCCAGACUUUGCCUUUCUAUCACUAGGCAAGUACUCAGCACUUCAAGAAAUAGGUUGGGUGAAAGAUAACCAGGAGUAUUGUCCUAGUCUCCAGUACUAUUAUCUGGGCUACUAUAUUCACUCUUGCAACAAGAUGAGAUACAAAGCUGCAUAUCGCCCAUCAGAACUUUUAUGUCCUCUUCGAUAUCAGUGGAUUCCAUUUGACAUUGCAAGGCCUUUGCUUGACCGAAUGCCUUAUGCUGUCUUGUCAGAUUAUUCCGUUUUACAAAAUGGAGACUUGUCCCUACCUCAAGUUACUGAAGAUGUCAUGGGAAGGCAGCUUGAUGAUGUUGGUCAAGAAGAUGCAAAUGAUGUUCCAAUGUAUGAAGAUGAAGAGAUGGAUGAAUCUGAAGUGGAAAGCUCUGAUGAUGAACCUGACCUAGAAAAUACAUCAUCUGUUGAACCGGAAAAUGUUGAUGUCAGCAAAGUCUUGCUAGGGAUAAAGGGAUCUCGUGCGAGAUACAAGGAUCUGCGCAGUGUCUUCGGUGCUGAGCAGCAGAGAUACUUGGAAUCCCAGUUGCAGAAAUAUAGGAGGGUUGUGGGAACAGUGUUAUCUGAGCGAAUGGUGUAUUCUCUUGGUUAAUUUUGAUCUUGGCACUUGAAUUAAAUAACAUGCUACUACCAAUGUUCCCAGGGAAAAAGAAAAAAGAAAAGAUCCUCUGCAAGUAAAAUCAUGUAUUCUGCCGAUGGAUCUGCAUCUGGUCUCUGAUUAUCUCUAGCAAUGAUAUUGGCUGUAAGAAUUAUGUGAAUCCUAGAAGUUUAUUGUGGAUUGUGUUAUUGAACAUGUCUGGUUUGGUAGUCAAAUUUCUCAACAUUUGCAUGUAUGGAAUUGUAUGGCGUAUUCCUUUGCCAGCAUUAUUGUCUGGUAUGGUCAUUGCACCCUCAUUUCUUGAUGCUACUAUAUAUCACAUUAGAUCCUUUAUUAAUUAUUUAGACACUGAACUUGCAGUACAAAA